AUGGCUCGCGUGACGCUGGUCUUGUCCGCCGCCUUGGUCCUGGUGGCGAUCAGCUGCGGCGCAGCAGCAUCGAGCUUCGACGAGUCCAACCCCAUCAGAUUGGUAUCGGAUGGCCUCCGUGAGCUGGAGCAGCAAGUCGUCCAAGUCCUCGGCAACUCUCGCCGCGCCCUCCACUUCGCCCGCUUCGCUCACCGGUACGGGAAGAAGUAUGAGAGCGUGGAGGAGAUGAAGCUGCGGUAUGAGAUUUUCUCGGAGAAUAAGAAGCUGAUUCGAUCCACAAACAUGAAGGGCUUGCCUUACACUCUUGCUGUCAAUCGUUUUGCUGAUUGGAGUUGGGAAGAGUUCAGAAGGCAGAGGUUGGGAGCUGCCCAGAACUGCUCUGCCACCACAAAGGGCAGCCACGAGCUCACUGAUGCCGUUCUUCCUGAAUCGAAAAACUGGAGAGAAGAAGGCAUAGUGACCCCAGUUAAAGACCAAGGUCACUGUGGAUCUUGCUGGACAUUCAGCACCACUGGGGCUCUUGAGGCAGCUUAUGUGCAGGCAUUCGGAAAGCAAAUCUCUCUCUCUGAGCAGCAGCUUGUGGAUUGUGCUGGAGCUUUCAAUAACUUUGGCUGCCAUGGUGGGUUGCCAUCUCAAGCUUUUGAGUACAUCAAAUACAAUGGCGGUCUCGACACCGAGGCUGCAUAUCCUUACGUUGGAACCGACGGGGCUUGCAAAUUUUCAGCUGAAAAUGUUGGUGUCCAAGUGCUCGACUCUGUCAAUAUCACCCUGGGUGAUGAACAAGAACUAAAGCAUGCAGUUGCGUUUGUGCGGCCAGUCAGCGUCGCCUUUCAGGUGGUCAAAAGCUUCCGAUUUUACAAGUCAGGAGUCUACACCAGUGACACUUGUGGCAGCAGUCCCAUGGAUGUGAACCAUGCUGUUCUUGCAGUUGGGUAUGGAGAGGAAGGCGGUGUCCCCUUCUGGCUCAUCAAGAACUCUUGGGGAGAAAGCUGGGGUGACAACGGCUACUUUAAGAUGGAGUUUGGGAAGAACAUGUGCGGUGUUGCAACAUGUGCAUCGUACCCGAUUGUUGCUUGA